AUGAUUCUCGACGAGCACGUCACAUUGCCACCACGCUCGAGUGCUGUCAUCCCCAUGGGCGCUGACAGCUGCAUCUGCGCGGAAGGUUUGAUCGAGGCCAACCAGAGUUUGCUCUUUGAAAAAGGUUUGGCUAUCGCCAGAGGAAUUGUUGACAUCGUUGAAGGAACCGUCAGUGUACCAAUCACUAAUUUCUGCUCGGAAUAUCGUCCCCUUGCAAAGGGCACCACUGUGGCACUAUUCGAGACCAUUCCGGACAUAAGCGAUGUACUCACGAUCGACGAUGCACUUCAUCCUCGUACACAUGACGUGUUCUUUAACGUGAAUCCGGCGUUGCCCCUGGAAAGACACGAAAGGCUGCGGAAACUGCUCUAUAGCUACCAGGAUUGUUUGGCCACGUCACCCAAGAUCCGCCAGACAACGCUUGUGAAACAUCGUAUCAUAACUUAUGAAAAUGUGCAACCAAGUCACCAAUUGCCGCACCGUGUAUCCAUGAAAGAGCGCGAGGCAAUCCGGAAACAGGUACAAGAAAUGCUUCAUGACAAUAUCAUUGAGCCCUCCCAAAGCCCGUGGGCUUCCCCUGUAGUGAUUGUGAAAAAACGGGACGGCACUCCAAGACUCUGUGUCGACUAUCGCUGA